UCCGGGCCCGGUCACUACCGGCGGUAGGGGGCGGCCAUUUUCCCGAGAAGUGGAGCUGCGGGGCCCUCUUGCUGGCGGCGGCGGCGGCUGACAGGCGAGCACGGCUUCUGCGUCUGGGCUGAGGAGCGGGAGAGGCGCCUGUGGCUGCCGCCGCCGCCGUCCCCGCCGGGAGGAUGUUUUCCUUCUCAACCGUGCAGCCUCAGGCUACCGUUCCUCUGAGUCACCUUAUCAAUGCCUUUCAUUCACCAAAAAGCUCCACUACUACUGCCAGCACAGCAUCUGUACCACCUGUCCAGAGGGACACAUCACCAGAACAUGAGCCUCAGAAGAGCGAGUCUGUAUUUAGUUUAAGAGAUCUGGGAUUGUCUGACUUGAAAGCUAAUCAGUUCAAAGAACUGGUGAACAGGUUGCUUCCUGGCUACUGUGCAGAAAACAAAGUCUCUUCUCAGUGGCACACAUCCUACAUCUCUGCUGAGUCCUUCUUUGAAAAUAAGCAUGGAUUCGUGGAUGUUUUCAGCACUUUACGCUCAUCUUGUUUGUACAGGCAGCAUCCUAAUCCCCUCCACAAUUUCUGUGCAGAUGUUCGGUGUUGGCCAGUUUACAUUCAAUCACGGAACUUUAAGACUUUGAGAUCAAGAGCAAGACGUCUGCAGUCAUCAUCUGAACAAUUUACAGAAACAAGAAGUUCACUUUCAUCGCUUUUGAAGGGCUUUAUCCUCAGGAAGCGGAGAUUUGAUGUUGAAAACUUGGAUACAUUAAUGAAAACUAAAAACAUCCCAGAGGCACACCAGGAUGCUUUUAAAACUGGUUUUGCAGAAGGCUUUUUGAAAGCACAAGUAUUCCUGCAAAAAACACUUGAUUCCUUAAGAAGAUCACGUUUGCUUUCUUUUUUUCUCUUUGUUCUCUGCUUUUAUCUUGCUAUAUAUUCAUCAUUUUUACCUGGGAAAGGUUCCUUUUCUGAUGCUGUACGCUUUCGAACAUCGAGUAUCUUUGAUGCAGCAGUUGACCCCAUCCAGCUGAAAAAUGUCACCUUUGAACAUGUAAAAGGGGUUGAAGAAGCUAAACAAGAAUUGCAGGAAGUUGUGGAAUUUCUGAAAAACCCACAUAAAUUUACUGUACUGGGAGGCAAACUUCCAAAAGGUAUUCUGUUAGUUGGGCCACCUGGUACUGGUAAAACUCUUCUUGCACGGGCUGUAGCCGGUGAAGCUGAUGUUCCAUUUUAUUACGCCUCUGGAUCAGAGUUUGAUGAGAUGUUUGUUGGUGUAGGAGCGAGCCGCAUCCGAAGCCUGUUCAGGGAAGCCAAAGCAAAUGCUCCCUGUGUUAUAUUUAUUGAUGAGUUGGACUCUGUCGGUGGGAAGAGAAUUGAAUCUCCAAUGCAUCCCUAUUCAAGACAGACCAUUAAUCAACUUCUUGCUGAAAUGGAUGGCUUUAAGCCUAAUGAAGGAGUUGUUAUUAUUGGUGCAACAAACUUCCCUGAGGCAUUAGAUAAUGCUUUGAUACGUCCUGGUCGCUUCGAUAUGCAAGUUACUGUUCCCAAGCCUGAUGUAAGAGGUCGUACAGAAAUCCUGAAGUGGUACCUUAAUAAAAUAAAGUAUGAUCCAUCUGUUGAUCCAGAAAUAAUUGCCCGAGGCACAGUAGGAUUUUCUGGAGCAGAGCUUGAGAAUCUUGUAAAUCAAGCUGCCUUAAAGGCAGCUGUGGAUGGAAAAGAUAUGGUAACCAUGAAAGAGCUGGAGUUCUCCAAGGACAAAAUUCUAAUGGGACCUGAACGUAGAAGUGUAGAAAUUGAUGAGAAAAACAAAACCAUCACUGCCUACCAUGAAUCUGGCCACGCUAUCAUUGCCUAUUACACUAAGGAUGCAAUGCCAAUCAACAAGGCCACUAUCAUGACACGAGGAACAACACUGGGACACGUAUCUUUGCUCCCAGAAAAUGACCGAUGGAGUGAAACUAGGUCCCAAUUGCUUGCCCAGAUGGAUGUCUGUAUGGGAGGAAGAGUAGCAGAAGAGCUCAUAUUUGGGAGUGAUCACAUCACAACAGGUGCUUCCAGUGAUUUUGACAAUGCCACUAAAAUUGCAAAACUGAUGGUGACUAGAUUUGGAAUGAGCGAGAAGCUUGGUGUUAUGACCUAUACUGAUACGGGGAAAGUUAGCCCUGAAACUCAAUCUGCAAUUGAGCAGGAAGUACGAUCACUUCUGCGGGACUCUUAUGAGCGAGCAAAGAACAUCCUGAAGACUCAUGCAAAAGAACACAAGAAUUUAGCAGAAGCUUUAUUGAAAUACGAGACUUUGGAUGCCAAAGAAAUCCAAAUUGUUCUGGAGGGAAAAAAACUAGAAGUAAGAUGAUAAUUUCUGGGUGCAGUAACUGAUAAUGGAAAGAAUGUACAUCUAGCAAUGCAGUAGUCUUACGCAGCAUAGCCUUUUUUUCCCCUUCCUAAUGUGAGUAUGGCAUUAGUGACACUUCAAUAUGAUUCUGUCUCCUGUGAGCUUCUGUUAUUUAUCUCUUUGUUGUGUCUCAUCAGACACAUGAAAUAAAGCAAGUUCCUCAUCCUCUGCUCCCUAUACUUUUCCCACAAGAAGUUACUCAGAAGGAAAAAUCUCAGGGUUGAAUUCAGCAUUUUGGUUCAGUCACAUAUUUUGAAGCUGAGAAAAAAAAGAUGGCUGGUGUGUUCUGGCAUUGCUUCCUGGGUCAUGCUGCUGUGUGCUUGAAGUGGUACCCCAGCAUAUGUGCUGUGGAGAGUGACAGAGUGAUUUGUGAAGCACUUGUGUGUAGUCUAACUAAUGCUCAGACUCUGAAGCUAGGGAUAACUUUUAAAAGACUUCUUCUUUAGACAUGUAACAGAACAGCUCCAAGAACUGGGUGGCCACACAGCACUUCUCCACUAAAGGGGAGUUGUGGGAGCUCCAUGCUAGACAAAACCAUUAGUGACUGUGUUCUCAGUGCUCUUGGGGUUAAAAUACACACAUGUAUCGCUAGGAGAUAAAUCUUCAUGCAAAAGCAACAGGCUAAACAUGCCUAAGCCUCUUUGGACCAUGUUUUGGGUCGAACUGUGGCAGAGAUCUUGAGAAAUAUUUGUGACCUCUAAUUGCUGCUGCCAGGAUUCUUAGAUGUUUGUUUUCUGACUGCAGUAGAUGGCAGACAGUGCUUUGAUGGCAGUGCUUUUACACUGCUGGAGAUUCUACAGCCCUAGUUACUACUGCGUAUGAGUUUUUCAUAAUCCAACAGGUAAUUUCUCCCCAAAAGGCAAUACUGCUCACUAAAGAGGAGCUCAGAAAAUGGUUGAAGCAUGUGUUGUUUCAAAUAACAUUCCCAGUUCUGUUCUGUGUAGAAGUAGGGGAAAUAAAACCUUUUCUUUCAGCCCUUACAGAAAACUCUGAAAAUUCUAAGCUAAGGAAAGGGUUUUGAAAACUAAAGCAGUUUCAAAGCAAAUGGAAGUUACUGCUAGCCAGUGUUCUUCUGAUCUCAUGGAGCUGGCCUGUUAGAAUAUCACAGCUUGAUCAUAAACUUUCUGCAUAAUUAAAUGUAAAUUCCUGGGGCUAUGAACUUGUGUUGCAGAAAGGGCCUUUACUAGUGUGCUGCUGUUGAAGGUGAUCACCCUUGGGGUUCAAACAGUUGGGCUGGUGCCAGUCAGUGUGAUUGGCAGUUGGUAGCAACAGUUACAGCUAGAGUAGCAUAGUGGUUUAGAGCUUUCUGAGUGUAAUGCUUGAUUAUAACCUCCUUUUUAAGGAAGAGCACAUGAAUUAUUUUUUUUUCCUUUCAAAUCCAAGAUAAACUUUCUCUUUGCCUGUUUUUGUCAGCUUCCUAGAGUGCCAUCCCAGUGCAUCGUGGGAGCACUUACAAAUGUUCUAAACCAGUAUACCAAAUGCCUAGGCUG